GGAACUGCUGCACAGGAGCGCGUGUUUCUGCUGGGGUCAGUUUCGGUGUGACGCUGAGUCGGCGAAUCUGAUGCAAGCUGAAUGAAUUACAGCAACGCGACACAAACCGCUGGAGAUGUCGAGUCCUCUGGAUCUGUACGAGUGUGUGACGGCGCAGGGAGAAACCGUUCGCUCCAUAAAAGCCCAGAAAGGGUCUAAAGAGGAGGUGGACGCAGCGGUGCAGGUGCUGCUGCAGAUGAAGCUGGACUAUAAGCGUGUGACGGGGCAGGACUAUAAGGCUGGAUGUCCACCGCAGGACGGGGCAGCACCGCAGGAUGGAGCGGCACCGCAGGACGGGGAGGACCAGGUGGACCCCUGGAGCGUCUCCUCCAGCAGCGCUAAAGGAGUGGACUACGACAAGCUCAUCGUGCGCUUCGGCAGCAGUAAGGUGGAUCAGGAGCUGGUGGACAGAAUCUCUCGACUCACAGGGAAAACACCACACCGCUUCCUGCGCAGAGGAAUCUUCUUCUCACACCGAGACAUGCAUCAGAUCCUGGACGCCUUCGAGCAGCAGAAGCCCUUUUAUCUGUACACGGGCCGCGGACCCUCGUCACAGGCCAUACAUGUGGGUCACCUCAUCCCCUUCAUCUUCACCAAGUGGCUGCAGGACGUGUUUGACGUUCCUCUGGUCAUCCAGCUGACGGAUGAUGAGAAGUACCUGUGGAAGGACCUGACGCUGGAGGAGUGUCGGCGCUUCACCGUGGAGAACGCCAGAGACAUCAUCGCCUGCGGGUUUGACGUCAACAAGACCUUCAUCUUCUCUGAUCUGGAAUAUAUGGGGGCGAGUCCUGCCUUCUACAGAAAUGUGGUGAAGGUCCAGAAACAUGUGACUUUUAACCAGGUUAAAGGCAUCUUCGGCUUCACAGACAGCGACUGCAUCGGGAAGAUCAGCUUUCCAGCCAUUCAGGCAGCUCCAUCCUUCAGUAACUCGUUCCCGCAGAUCUUUGGUGACAGGAAGGACGUCCAGUGCCUCAUUCCAUGUGCCAUCGAUCAGGAUCCAUACUUCCGCAUGACGCGUGACGUGGCUCCUCGUAUCGGGUACCUGAAGCCGGCUCUUCUUCACUCCACCUUCUUCCCGGCGCUGCAGGGGGCGCAAACUAAGAUGAGCGCCAGCGACGCCAACUCCACCAUCUUCCUUACCGACACGCCCAAACAGAUCAAAAACAAGGUAAACAAACACGCGUUCUCCGGCGGGAAGGACACCAUCGAGGAGCACAGGAAGUUGGGUGGAGAUCCAGAUGUGGACGUUUCCUUCAUGUAUCUGACGUUCUUCCUAGAGGACGAUGAACAGCUGGAGAAGAUCCGACAGGAGUACAGCAGUGGCGCCAUGCUCACCGGGGAACUGAAGAAGAGUCUGAUCGACACGCUACAGCCCAUCAUCGCUGAACACCAGGAGAAACGCAAACAUGUGACCGACGACAUCGUCCAGCAGUUCAUGACUCCACGCAAACUACACUUCAGCUGCUAGACUGACCCCAGAACAGUCCAAUAAAGCGCUUCAGUAACCCAA